CCCAGACGAUGCCUCGGUGAGUGUUGAAUGUUGUCAUUUCUCGCCGAGAAACAUUUUCAUUGGGUGAAGUCUCGCCUAUGCUCGGUGUUAUGACUCACCGGGGGUGCGGUCUCAUUCCAAACAUACUCGUCUCGACUGAGUGAAGAGUAUAGAUGAGUGUCUGGGUGUGGAGUUCAGUAUCUCACGGAGAGCGACUAGUGAAAGACGCUGCUGUUAUUCAUGGUCUUUUAAUCCUUUAACUUGUACGAGGUAGUAGUUCUGCAGUAUUGUACUUUUCUUUUCUUAAAUAAGAUGUCGUUGAUUGAUUUACCGAACGAAUUGAAUUGACAGCAAUCCUGUUUAAGUGGACAUUUGUAACAGUGUAUCUGCUUUUGCAAACGCUCAGGAUUUCAAGCCUACUCAAACCGCCUGGAAAUGAACUGCACAAAAGUUCUCCCUGCAUUUGUAGGGCAUCCCAUGAUGUCCCAGUCAUCUGUGACGCCGGUGGACAUGGCCAUGAGGCUGUCACUGUGCCAGAGUCAACCUCUCUGCCACCUCAUGGGUGUCACCACCCUGAAGUCCCUGUAUCCUCACAGCCAGCCCAGAGACAUCCAGGCCCACCGGCCCAGCUUCCGCCUGACCCCGCGCUCCUCUUCUUCAUCCUCCUCCUCCUCCCUCGAGCGCACAACCACCAAGAGCUGCAUGCGCAGGGAGGACGGGACCCCGAAGAAGAGGCGCGUGGUCUUCGCCGACGCUCUGGGACUUUCUCUGACGAUGGUGCGUCUGUUCAUCCAAGAACCCACCUCCCCCUCCGUGUGCCCCUGCAGCUCCCCCUCAGUCUCCCCGGCCGCAGAGCCCCUCUCCGGGCUGCUGGUCCGGACGCCUCCGGGCCCGCGCCACAGGCUGCGGCUGGCCUUCCCUCAGCCCAACCAGGACUUCAAGGCCUUCCACAGCCGCCUGCAGGAGACGGGGGUGCAGCUGGAGAGCUGCAGCGUGUUUGAGACGUCUCUCAGCGGCACCGUGCGCGUCUGCAACGCCGGCUUCGACAAGACCGCCCACGUGCGGGUGACCUUCGACUCCUGGAGGAGCUACAAGGAGGUGCCCUGCUCCUCCUCUGUGCAGCGCUCCGCCGGCCUGGACGCCGACCUGUUUGUCUUCAGCGUGGCCGUGCCCCAGAACCUGGACCCCAAAGAGCGCGUGGAGUUCUGUGUGUCCUGUCGAGCCGGUGGUGGAUCGACGCCUCUCUGGGAUGACAACAGGGGGCAGAACUACCGAGUGAUCGUGGAGCCUGAGGGCUCAGGGAACAAUCAAGCCUUUUGGUCUCUGUCUCGGCCCCCCAGCCGCACGUUGAAGCGGCCCACCUUGUGGUCCAGGAUGGGAACCCUCGGCCCCAAGAACUCUGCAAACCCCAGCCUCUACGCCUCAGAUGUGUUCAGCCACCAGAACUGGAGAACUGAGAGAACUUCUCAGAUCUAGAGCUGUUUAUGACUCUUUUGUUGACCUUGAGGGGGAAAUAAUAUAGUGUUGUUGCUGAUUGCUUCGAUUGUAUUGGGUUUUAGCACUUUCCGAUGCUCAUUUGUGCCUUUUAGUCAAAUGUGAAUUGCUUUUGCACUUCUUAUUUAUUUAGCGUGUACACUGCCUAAUGACAUGAAGCUCAGGGAAAUUGAAGUGUUUUUUGUUGUUAAAUGUUUAUCACUGAUUGUGCACAUGUGACCUUCUCUCACAAAGCUGAUACAUAACAACUGUACUGUUACAUAACGACUGUACUGAUAACACCACAGGCAUCGUAGACUGAAGGCUGACAAAUAUAUUUGUGCCAAUACUUUUCGAUUAAACAUUUUUAAAGAAAC